AUGUCUGCUUCCAUUAUUGCACUCCUAGCCGCUCAAAAACUUAACGGCGAGAAUUACAGACAAUGGAAAUCGAAUCUAAACACUAUUCUCGUGAUAGAUGAUCUUAGGUUCGUCUUGCAAGAGGAUUGUCCUCAAGCUCCUGUGUCUAACGCCACUGUGGCGGUGCGCAACGCCUAUGACAGGUGGAUCAAGUCCAAUGACAAGGCCAAGGUCUACAUCCUGGCGAGUAUAUCUGAUGUGCUUGCCAAGAAGCACGAGGACACGGUCACCACUAAGGAGAUCAUGGACUCGCUGCAGAGCAUGUUUGGACAACCGUCCUUACAGGCUAGACAUGAAGCCCUUAAGUUCGUUUACAACUCUCGCAUGAAGGAGGGUUCCUCAGUGCGAGAACACGUUCUCAACCUGAUGGUCCACUUCAACGUGGCUGAGUCGAACGGGAUCGUCAUAGACGAGCAGAGUCAGGCCAGCUUCAUUCUGGAAUCUCUUCCGAAGAAUUUCCUGCCAUUCCACAGCAAUGCGGGUGGAGGACGUGUUUAUGGGAUUGUCUUGGAAGGAUUGGUGGAAAUUGCCAGGUGUGACGUGCUGGGUUAG